AUGACUACCGACAACGAACCAAACCAGGAUAGAUUCGCCCUGAUCCUCUAUGGCACUGAAACAGGGACCUCGCAAGACCUCGCCGAGGAAGUCAGCCGAUGCCUCGAUCGAUUGCACUUCCACACAGAUGUGGCCGGUCUGGAUGAUGUGAGCUUCGGGCACUUGGGUCUUUACGUUCUUACCGUCUUCGUCGUCGCAACAACUGGCCAGGGUGAUUUCCCAGACAAUGCUCGGAAGUUUUGGACUAGCCUUCUACGAAAGAAGUUGUCGUCUACCACUCUUGUUGGUACCGAGUACGCCGUUGUUGGCCUCGGCGACAGCUCGUACCCCAAAUUUAACUGGGCUGCAAGGAAGUUAGACAAGCGACUUCGACAGUUGGGAGCCACUCCGAUUAUAGAGUCAUGUGAGGCCGAUGAGCAGGGCGACGAGAGCACGGAUGGGGCAUUCCUAGCAUGGCUGCCUCUAUUCAGAAAUACAGUGCUGGACAAGUUUCCUCUGCCUCCAGGUCAAGCUCCUAUCGCGAAUGACAUUCUCCUUCCCAGCAAGUGGCGACUAUCAAGGAGCACUUCGACUUCUCGAGAGGAGUUCCGAAUCGCUCAGAAUAGCUCAAAGCCAAUAUCCACGGAUAAGUUUACAGCUGCCCUAGAGGUGAAUGAUCGAGUGACGCCACCGGACCACUGGCAGGACGUGCGAUUCAUGACUCUUACAACAGCGGAAAAAGCCGAUUACAUGCCUGGUGAUGCUUUGUCGAUUUUCCCUCGCAAUCUCCCAGGGGAUGUUACAUCACUGAUAGAACGUAUGAAUUGGCAUAAAGUCGCUGAUGUUCCUAUCCAUUUUGUUUCCUCUAGCCCAUCGUCGAACCGAAACUCCACUCUGCUUUCGGCGACAUCAAUACUUACUCGCGAAGACCUCACCCUUCGAAUACUUCUCACUGAGCACUUAGACAUCAAUGCAAUCCCCCGCCGAUCGUUCUUCGGAGCAAUCGCGAACUAUACGUCGGACGACAUGCACAAAGAACGCCUUCUAGAAUUUACAGAUCCACAGUACCUCGACGAGUACUAUGACUAUGCCACUCGGCCGAGAAGGAGUAUCAUCGAGAUUCUCCAAGAGUUCGAUACGGUCCAACUACCUUGGGAAGAGGCGGCGAAUAUCUUCCCAGCAUUGAGGCCUCGCCAAUUCAGCAUCGCAAGUGGUGGCGCCCUGAAACAGACGGCAAGCGGGCAUACAAAGUUCGAACUUCUCAUUGCUAUCGUCAAAUAUAGAACAGUUAUCAAGCGUAUUCGAGAAGGCGUCUGCACCAGAUACCUGGCACAACUCCCCGUUGGGACCAAACUUGAAGUAGCCCUGAAGAAAGAAGGCCGAUUCGCGAAAGCCGAAGGCCUGCUAGAUAAGAGUCAUAUUCUAAUCGGAGCUGGAACGGGGAUCGCGCCUCUUCGAGCUCUGAUACAUGAGAAAGUAUCCCAUGGGCACAUUUCUGGAUAUACUACCCUCAUGUUUGGCUGCCGGAAUGAAACGGCCGAUUACUUCUUUCGCGACGAGUGGACGUCAAUUAUGGACCAAGAAGGGCCACGUGACGAUCGAUCAUCGGCGCAGUCUGGUAUGGAGGUGAUUACAGCAUUCUCGCGUGAUCAGAAAUCAAAGGUCUACGUGCAAGAUCGGAUCCGCGAGAGGGCGGAUUUAAUAUGGAGAUUUCUCUGUGAGCGGGCCGCGACCGUGAUUGUCUGCGGCGCUUCAGGGCAGAUGCCGAAGGCAGUUCGGCAGGCGUUGGUGGAUGCACUUGCCAGUCAAGGGGCAGUGAGAGCAAAGGAUCUCGAUGACGGCAAGGGAGGAGGAGGAGAAUCCAUCCAGAGCCAAGAAGAUGCAGAGAAAUAUCUUGCAAGACUUGAGAAGGAGGGAAGGUACAAACAAGAGACGUGGUCGUGA